CACACAACAGGGCUACAAUAAGUGGCUGAUACACAUCCACUGAUAAGAUAAGCCAGUCAGCCUCAGGGCCCUGGCAAAGGAGGACAUUUGUUCAGUUUGGCAUCCUCCACUCCCCUCCACUCCCCUCCACACCUGAGUAAACAAAGCACACAGAAGAUGGGUGGUGGGGUGAGGCAGACACUACUGGUGGUGGUGGUGGUGGCGGUGAUGAUGGGGUCGUGUGAGGGCUUCAUGGAGUGGCUGUCUUGGGGCGUCGCAAAACAAGACCUGUGUGAAAGUCCGUGUCGCUGCCCUGAAGAUGUGGUGCUCGCAUCACAACGCGGGAUAGACUGUGUGGGCUGCAACCUGACCUACAUCUCCGAGGGUCUGGACAUCCCGAAGGUCUACCCGAGCAUCACCUUCUCCCGUAAUCACAUCAAGAGCCUCUCCCCCGACACCUUCAAGCCUUCGACAACUCUUGUUUCCCUCGACAUCUCCAACAACGAGCUCCAGAGCCUUCCGGGGAGUGUUUUCAAGCCCCUGCAGGUCCUCUCCAUCUUGGUUCUUAAUAAUAAUAACAUAUCUACAAUUGACGAAGAGGCUUUUGCAGGACUUGACAACCUCACCCAACUUGACCUGAGCUACAACAGAAUACAGAGGCUUCCCAAAGAGGUGUUUCAGGACCUCGAAAGCCUGGUGGAUCUCAACUUAGGGUUCAAUCCUAUAGGGGUCCUCAACGAGAGCCUCCUGGAACACACACCAAACCUCAAGACAAUAGACUUGAGCAAGCUGGGCCUCAAGUCCAUUCCAGCGAGCUUCUUUAUGGCCAACCUGACGAAGUUGGAGAGGGUGUCGCUGGCGUACAACCAGCUGCGUGUUGUCCCCAGCAAGACACUCAACACCCUCCGCUCCUCCCUCCUGCACCUGGACCUCUCGGGCAAUGCCUUCACUUCGCUGGGUGCCUACUCCUUCUACGGCCUUGAUAAGCUCCGCACACUCACCCUGGAGCAGAUGAUGAAGCUGAGGACCAUUGAUGCCUAUGCCUUCGGUGACCUGGCCGUCCUGGAUACACUGGUCAUGCGUUACCUGCCCUGGAUUGAGACCAUUGACCCUAAGGCUUUCCAUAGCGUAAAGAAUGGCAAGGAGUCCACCCUCGUCAUAUCAGACUUCACCUUCGCCUUCUCCUCCCUGCACACCCUGCCUGAGGACCUCCUACCUUGGGAUCAGCUUCACUACAUAUCGCUGGAGUUCAAUCACUGGCUCUGUGACUGCAACAUGCGCUGGGUCAAGAAUUCAACAGCUAUUAUGAGCAUAAACGGAAUGAGGAUGAUGUGUCUUGAGCCCCAGCGUCUUCGUGGUUAUAGAAUCGCCCAUGUGAAAGAUGAAGACCUCACCUGUGACAACCCAACACCUUCAACUCGAGGUGCCUUUGGGUUUCUGGUGGUGGUGAUGAUUGCUGGUCUGAGUGCCAGCCUGGCCACGAUAUCCCUCCUGGUGUACUGGCAGCGAGGGUGGGUGUGCCGCAGGCCGCCGGAGAGAGGAUACAGUACGAUUCAGCAGGGCGGCAGCACCAUCACCAUCAUGGAUGACAUCAACAACACCUCGGAGGCUUGAAAGUUGUCUCGGCAUAAUUUCCUUUGAUAAAACUGGCAGGGUGAGAUGGAGGGGAUGGGGGGUAGUGUAGGUUGAUGGUCCAAGCCUCACAGCCACAUAAGAGUAACGUAAGGACAAUGGCAUAUAUUAACUGUAGCCUAUAUUCUUUUGAUUGCUUCAGGUAUGCAUUUGACCCCCAAGAAAAGUAGUGUCCAUGUUAAAGUCCACUCCCUGAACCUGGCCUUAAGAAAAAUGUUAAGAAUAUUGCAUUUAAAGGAGUAUUUGCAGCACUGUUUUGGUCGAGAUGUCUAUUUUUGCAAACACAUUUCUUUAGUGGGUGCGGAGGGUGAGUGGUUGGCGUGGGAGCAGGGAUGUGUUUGUGAUGGAUGUAAAGUUCAGUGAGGGUGCAGAGAGAGUAAAAUAUGGUGGCAGUAUCUAUCCAUUUUUGUUCAUUUAUUUAAUUAUAUAUAUUUUUUUAGGAUAUGAGCACCAUUUUGUGACAGUGUUGCAGGCAGAAUGUGUUGUUUGUGAUGAAGAGAACAAUUUAUUUACUUAAGAACAUUGAAGGGCGGACCAUUUCCUUUUGUUACAAUUCCUUGGAGAGAAAAGUGUGACCAUGAAUGCACUGAAACCCUAUAUAAUACAUGUAUAUGUGUGUAUUAUUUAUUAAUUUGUAUAUACAGGGACAGACUACACCUCUAUGGUGCUUGCUUGCUUUUUUACACAAUAUAUAACUUGCAGGUGAAUGGACAGCAUUUGCAUUGAUGAAUUGAGACUUACUCAGUUUUGGAAUAACUAUUUGUCUGCUAUAUAUGCCUGGUAGUUAGGUACAUUUUCUGUUUUCACCUAACCAGGAAUAAACUUAAGUUAUUAUUACACCAGCUAUUGUUUUAUUGUAUUGUAAGCUGUAUGCUGCUUUAUUCCUUGAUUUUCUCUCUCUUUUUCUCAUCUACCCAGGAAAAAACUCAAUAUAAGGUCACACUGGCUGUAGUUUUUUUCACAAUCUCUUUUGCUGUUAUAUUUUGAUUUCUUAAUCCUCGUCUACCUAGGAAUCAACAUAAGAUACAACUAAACUACAAGGUUUUUUAUUUUAAUGUAUGCUGUGUGCCAAUGUGUUUAUGGCUAAGCUUUUGUAUAUCAUUAAGAAAGUUUCAUUUGUAAACAUGAAUAAUCAGUCACCAAUAACAGGAA